AUGUGGGUCAGAAACCCUUGCAGGCAAGUGUACGAGGACGUGGAUGUGCCGCUUAAGCACCGGGCUCGCGAUGCCGACUGCUUCUUCAAUCAGCUCUCACCUAGCGCGAGACUGUCGCAGGGGCAUCUGAUCCGGGGAGAAGAGCGCCUGGCGGUCUUGUGGGAUGGGUAUGAGCCCAGCAAGGAUCCCAGCAGCUCAGAGCUGGGAAGAGUUUACUUCGCCAUCAGAUCGGUCUCGGCAGGCUCCGGCCUGGUCGGCUCUCUACUCUUUCCGUUCAUGCGACCGAUGCAAGACAGGUUCUUUGCCUCUCAGCUGGACAGCAUGCAGACAUCCGUCAGCGAGAAGCCUUGA